UACGUCAUGGAAAAUACGGGACAUCAGGAAAAUGACAAUGAGGAAGACGGCAGAUGAGUUUCUGGAUUUCUAUCCCGAAUCCGGAAACAUGACGGAUGACACAGGGGAGAGAACUCCAAGUGUGCCACUAGCUCCAGCUAAGAGAAAGCAGUUGGGAAAACUGCUUGUUGCUCCAUCUGAAGGAAGUGGAAAGUAUGGAACUAGAGUUCUCUCCCCUAAGGUAAAAGACCUGACCACCACCACAACAAAUAACCAUGGAUUCAGUGGAGGGAGUUGCAUCGCCAUGGAUACUGUCAGCAGCUCUGACAUUACAGAAAAUUUUUACAAUAUGAUCAAAGUAUCCCCACGCAUGCAGGUUGCAACACCAUCUACUGAUGUAGUCUUUCAACACCCACAUACAUUAGGCAUUCAAGCACAACCAGAGGAUGACACAGAGAACACCCAAAAGCUUGCCAUUGGAACGUAUCGCAGUACAUCAGUGGAAGUCUCUGGACAACUAUACAACCAUGAGAGUUUCCAUACCAAAGAAAUCAUCGCAAACCAGACGCACCCAUAUUCACCAGAGAGAGAGAAUGUCACUCUGUUCAUUGAGAAAAUGCAACUGCAAUGUGAUCAGCAACCAAAUUAUGAAGAAAACACUGUUGGGGAACCACGUUUCCAGUUUCAAGACCCUGAUAAUGUACACCCUACAUAUUUACCUGCCAUGAUCCAAGAGAUUGACACAGAAUUGGAAAAACCCUUUCCUGGAGAAAACUCUACAAUUGACAAAAAAAUCUGUGAAGACUUUCAAGCUGUCAAUGAAAAAAAUGAGAGAGUCUUUAUAGAAGAAACAGUUCCAUGUCUCGGAGUUCAGGUGCGCAGCGAUGGUCCAAAGCCCUUAGAAGACUUAUCUCAUCUCAAUAUAAAUUUGACAACUGGAAACCACCAAGAGGACUUCCAGAAGACACUGCAUGCACUUCUAUUGCAAUUUGCUAAGAAGAAGGCUGAUGUUAUACCAUCAUCCAGUUUCAAGAAAAAUCAAGUUGUGUUUGGAACAAAUAAGGCAUGCAAGGAAAUGCUGGACAAAAGUGAAUUUCUACCAUCGCACGGGACCCAUGGUGUGAUACUAAAUGAUAAGCUGAGACCUAAGGGAGGACAAUACACAGAAGAUUAUCACUUCUCUGUGAAAUAUGUUUUGGGAAAAGGAAGCUUUGGAGAGGUAAAACUGUGUCAAGACCAAGUCACCAAGGCCAAGUUUGUCAAGAAACAGGUGGGGUCCCAAUACAGGAAGUCAGAGGUUGAAAUAAUGAUGGCCCUUAAGCAUCAAAACAUCACCCAGUUUUAUGGUGUCAUCCAGAGAGAGGGUUCCAACGAGAUCUAUAUGGAGUAUGCUGGCAUUUCAAUAUUGACAUUUACACUGGGGGAAGACACAAAACUUCUUGUGACGGAAGAGUUCGUUUGGAAUGUGAACCGCCAGGGUCUGUCUGCACUAGCAUACAUGGAGAUCUACGGAAUCAUUCACCUGGACAUCAAACCGGAGAAUGCUUGCAUCUUGGAAACUCCCACUGGUUGGACCCUGAAAAUUACAGACUUUGGGUCUGCUAAAUUUCCUCAGGAUCCACUCUCAUACAUUGGAUGGACAGCUGAAUACAUGUCCCCUGAGGCCUGUAUCAGCUUUCUAAAGUCACGAUAUACACAGAUGUCCCUCCAAGAUCAGGAGGACUGGAUGGUAACACCCAAGAGUGAUGUAUUCAGCUGGGGCCUCACUAUGGCAUUUAUGUACCGGAAAACACAUUUACUUUUGCAUGCAUUCACAAACGGACAGGACAACUACAAAAAUGUGGAAGAUCCAACUAAAGUGAAAUCUACAAUCAUUGUGUCCCUGGUGAAAGACCCCAACUUUGUGCAGCGAUGUUUGAUUCCUGAUGGUUGUAGCCCAGAUAUGAAACAAGUGUUGACUGGACUGCUAGCAGGAAACCCAACACAGCGCCUUUCUGCUGCUGAAGCUCUUGUUACAAUAGACAAAAUGAACACGGAGAAGUUGCUCUCCAUGAAAAACCCAUUUCCGGACCUGUUGGAGAAGGAUUUGGAUUGCUUCAUCUAUGAGCCAUCUGAGAUUCCAGCCUCAGCUCCUGGGCCUGUCAGAGUCCAUCGCACCAGCUCAGUGUCUAGUUGCGUUUCCAGCCACAGCUCCAUCAGUAGUGCAUCCUCCUAUAUGUCCAAUGCUAGUGUUACCAAAAAGGCAUGUCCAUAUAAAAAGUCCUCAAAAAAUAUGACAGGAGGAAGACGACGACGAAUUCUGAAGGAAAAACUGAGGGACAGAAUUGAAAGCCCAAGAAACGAGAUGUUUGGAAAUCUCUCUCCCAGUGUAGAGCUUGAUGGAAAUGUUCCAUUCUUUGGUGCCCUGGUGUAAAUACUGAUAGCAUAUAUUUUGCUACAAAAUGCUGACAGACUGGAAGUUGCAAAGUCCAGAUAUUUACACAAUGUGUGUUGUACUUUUCAUCCUGCAAUAAGCCUUUGAAGUGAACAAAAUUGGGGUUAGACUUAUCACAAGACAGUAUAACAUUUGGUAUUUCUACUGAAACUGCAAAAUAUGUCAGUGGGUUUACUUCCAUGCCUGGGCUUAUUACGGGAUAGAUAUGGCAACUCCUCCAAAAAAAAUAUCUUUUUUGUAUUAGGGUUGCUAUUGAUGACACAGGAGGCAAGUGUUUAUGGGAUCAAAAAAGGAAAAUUGUGAUAUUAAGAUGUUUUAUAUUUUUUAAGUCUUCAUUAUUGAAAGGAAAUUGGUUAUCCAACAAGUGGGCUUUUAUUGACAUUUUGUCAUGUGUAGUGUUACAGCAAAGAUUAUGAUUUGAAAAUUAAAAUUACGAUCAAGCAGCUAAUUAUCAAGUUGUGGAUAUAGCAACCUUAAAAAUAAACCACUACAUGUAUGAUACCCAAGUUUGUGAGAAAAAUUGCCUUUUGUUGCGCAUAAAUUUUAUAAUAUUUUUAAAGCAAACAUUGGUUAAGAUGUCUGUUGAAAAUAUUCCUUGUCCAUAUAGUUGCUAAACAUUUCUUUUAUAAAGAAAAAGAUUUACAAUUUUGGAUUUAUGGUGCAUGCAUUUUGAAAUGACACUAAUGUUUAAAUGUCAUAUCUGAAAUAUAUGGUAUAAGUAUAACAGGAAACUUGCCCUUUUAUUUGUGAUAAGAUAAAUGAAUACUUAAAUUAAUUAAAUGCAGAACAAAAAACAAUCAUUUUCAUGUAAAGGCAAAACCAUCUUGUGGCUCAAUCUAAGCAAUAAAAAAUAUUACUAGGUAUUGAAAGCUGUAUUAUGAUUAUGAAGGGUUUUUUUUUUACCAAUUUCAUGCCUUUGUUGAUUUGGAAUGAAGAUGUAUUUUUAUUUUUUUUUCCCAAACAAUUAAUGAAUUGUGUGAUUUUAUAUUUUGUCUCUAACCAGACAUGUAUAGCAAACUGUUAAGAUUUGUAUUCUGAAUUUGAUCAAUUCCAGACUGUUUGACACUGAAUAUGACCUUGCAACAUGGUGUUGAACAUGACCAUUCUGGUACGAUCGAGCAUGAUCUUUGUAAAUAAGUAUGACAAGGUGUCUGACUUUGAUUCUUAAUUAGCAUUGUACCCAAUAGAUUUUGUAACAAGACAACAUCUAAUGAAUCUCAUUGUUCAGCAAUUCAGGAGUAAUGUCUGAAAAAAAAUAUUGAAAACAUAGAAAUAUAUUUGAAUUCAAACUACUGGAAAAUUUUGUUUGUAACACACUUGCAUUGGAUUUUGGACGAAGUUUUUGUCUUCAAAUCAAUAUCAAUAUGUGAAAAAAGUAGGAGUUAGUCUACAUAUAAUGCAUGAUUUUACCAAUCUUUGUAAUUUAACCCAAAUUUGAUUUGGGAAAUGAAACAUUUAUUCACUCAAGCAUUGAAUUUAUUAAAUUAUGUUGCAUGAACAUUGAGAAAAUGGCAAAACUUUCAACAGAAAUGCGAUUUCUUAAUGCCCGUUUCAGAAAAUUGUGGUGAUGAGAACAUUAACAAUGAACACAUCAACAUCUCUGUAUCAUAGAAAGGAAACAGAAAAACAGUGUGCCAUUUGUUAGUAUGUUGGAGAUUUCAUUGGAAAUGUUCAGUUUUUGGCCAGAAAGUUGGUUGUAAGUGCAAAAUAAGAAAUUUAAAGUAAACAUGUGGAUUUUUAGUAGUAGUAGUAGUAGUGUACAAGAAAUCAAUAUUUUAGACCAAAAGUUAUACUCAUGGUACCUGUACCAAAUUUUGUGGCUAUGUUUGUUUGGAAAUACUGUAUCUUUUUUAAUGUAGUGCUUUAAUCUUUAUGCUUGUGUAGGUCUCUUGCUUUUCAAAUAAAAUCUAUCUUCUGUAAAA